AUGGAGAACGGGUCAGUUGACAGCCCUGCGGGUCCGGAGCCCCAGGUCCAUCGAUCUGAACAGUUGCCCUCGACUGAUGAGUUGGCAGCCUCGACGACUGCACAUGGCGUUGCAGCCACAUCUUCAUCGAGCACUGCUCGCCAAUCAUCUUCCCGGCGACGGGGCAAAUGCCGCUAUUUUGCAACCAAGAAGGGUUGUCGUGCCGGUGCUGAAUGCCCAUUCAUUCACGAUGCUUCUGCUAUCCAGCAAAAUACUUCUCAGUCUGAUCAGACGUCCAAAUUACAAAUGUCGGCUGAUAGCUCCGAAAGUACCGACUCUAGUGUAGCCACUGGAGUCCAGAAUCUGAGCGUCGGUCCAGACCAGCCGAAGGAAAAGUCGGCAUCAUCACAUGCUUUCCAGCCUCAACGGCCCGUCUCGAAGAUCGAGCAGAAUGACCCAAGGGAGUUCCAGAUUAAUCAGUUGAGACGGCGAUAUCGCCCAGAGGAGAAGUCUGAUGAUAAGGGAUCCACAUUGACUUUCGGAUUGACGCCUUCUGAUCCGGACUUCCCGUUUGAGUUGGAUAGCUUACAAUGUGUAUUGCAUGUUCCAAACUCAUUUCCAGGCACGGGGCGGCCUACACUGGCCGUCACGAAUCCCGAAAUGGAAUCAGCGUAUCAGCAAAAUGUCAGCAGAGGAUUCGACGAUGCAGUCGAUUUCACGCUGCGAACCAAUGGCCGAGGGACCCUGCUCAACUGGCUUAACACUCUCGAUAGGCAGCUUGAGCGACUGCUGACCACCCUGGAAAGGGGACCGAAGCUGACGUUCGUGGCCAAUAUCGGGGACAACUCUGGGAGUCGAGAGCCGAUUCCUAGCGAGAAGGUUGCUUCCGCCCCGGCGAAACUUCCCGAGACUAGGGUACCUGCCCAAGCUCCGAAGCCAAAGCCAGUUACUGUGCAACCAAAGUAUACAGCAGAACAAAGAGCUUCAGCUGAGAAACGGAGGUCAAUGGACACAAAGCAGCUCGAAGCCCGUUUGGGAAGACUUCCUCUGUUUCAGAAACGAUCAGAGAAUUCCUUCAUCAUUCCCAUCCAGCCAAACAAACCAGAUCGUCUUCCCAGAUCGCUUCAAUCGGUGAAAACUGUGAGGCUUCUGAUCCCUCAGCUGUACCCUUUGGAGCACAGCUCAAUUGAGAUCCAAGGAGUCGAUAGCCCAGAGGCGAGAUCCGUGGAAACCGGAUUCGCUCAAUGGUUCGAAAAUAACACUCAGCUGAACUUGGUCUCGCAGAUCAACUAUCUGGGAAGUAACAUGCAUAACUUUGCGAAGACUCCCCUUCCCGAGGUGGCGGAGCAAAUGCAGCAUGAAAUUAUUCAAGAGGACGAGGAAGAAACUUCGCAUCAGGUAGAGAACGAAAUUUCUACAGAGCCUGUCGGAAAUCGAGAUCGACCUCAUUUACACGUUAUUCCACGUCCACCCGAAUGGUCGGUUCAAGAGCCGCAUAGUGGUAGCGACAUGACCGAUGAAUCCAGCUACGACGAGGAUGAGGAUGAAGACGAGGAGGGCGAAGAGACAGAUGGUGGUGCUCCUGUUCCCGUUGCUCUGGAUACUCCUGGCCGGGGAGUUGCACUUUCAUUCCCGUUCUUGGAGCUCUAUGGAAUUGAGUUGUUGGAACUGAUCCACCUUGCCGUUACGAUUAAGUGCGAGCGUUGCAAGGACUCUAUGGAUAUCAAGAAUGUUCCUCACCUGAAGGACGCAAAGGAUACUCCCAAGGUCGAGUCUUGCAAAAAGUGUUCUAAUUCUAUGAGCAUUGGUUUUCGGCGACAGUUGAUGCAUUCCCAUGCCAAUCGGGCUGGCUAUCUGGAUCUAGAGGGCUGUACGAUUGUGGAUCUUCUCCCAAGUAACUUCCUUCCCACUUGCUCCGAGUGCUCUACAGAAUACCAUGCCCCUGGCGUGUCUGCCGUACGCGCGGAAAGUGCUAUGGCUAUAUGUCGUCACUGCCAUCGCAAAAUGGUCUUCAAGAUCCCUGAGGUCAAGUUCCUGCUCGUGUCGAGUGCUGCAGUUUCUUCACGCUCUGGCCUUGCUCUCAAGAAGAAGCCCAAGGAAGUACUCGGUAUUGUUGCUGGACAGGAACUACCUCGACGAGGUCGCUGCCAGCACUAUGGAAAGAGUUAUCGUUGGUUCCGGUGUCACGAUGCGGAAACAGAUCAUCCAAACGAGCACGCAAAUCGCAUGAUUUGUGGCUUUUGCUCCCGGGAGCAAAUAUACAGGCCAGAGAAUUGCGGAAUCUGCCGAGCAACCCUCAUUGGAAAGGCGGGCAGUGGAUUCUGGGAAGGUGGAAAAGGAACGAGGAAUCGCGCACUUAUGAGUCGCAAAGACCCCCGAAAGUAUAAACGCCGCGGAGCAAAUGCUCCAGGCGGAUCGAGCUCGAAGAAGAAGUAG